UGGUGUGGUGUGGUGUGUCGUGCAGCUGGGUUUGGUGUGGUUUGUGGUGUGGCUGGGUAUGGUGUGGUGUGGUGUGUGGUGCGGCUGGGUAUGGUGUGGUGUGGCUGGGUAUGGUGUGGUGUGGUGUGUGGUGUGGUGUGGUGUGGCAGGAUUUGACUCGGCGACUUUUUUUACCUCGCUGUUGGUGGUGUUUGCAGAAGGACAAGCAGGACCCGGACGGUGACAUCAUUAUGAGGCUUGAGUACGGUCUCCUGAACUCCUCGUCCCUGGAGCUGAUUGAGCGUGUGAAGCAGUUUGCCAACCUGGUCCUGGCCCUCAUGAUGCUGUUCGCCAGGUACAAUCACUGGAUGGUGGGCGACAAGUUUGAGAGACUCGCCCCCUCACUGGUGUUCUUCAUGCUAACCUGCCGGCUCAUCGCUGAGUACCAAAUCCACCGGAAGGAGAAGAUGGACAAGGCGGUGGCAGUGGCCAAGAAGUCACCCGCCGCAGCCGCCGAAGGGAAGGACGGAGGAACAGCCGCCAACUCCAUCGCUGGCGGCUCCACGUCUACUCUCGUCUCCUCCUCCUCAGUUGCCUCCGCCUCCUCCUCCUUGCCCUCCUCCCCCUCGCCCUCCUCCUUCUCCUCUCAACAUGGACGGCCGAAGAAGGAUGUUUAGUGUGGAGGUGUUUGAUUUGGCCUGAAGCAGGAAGACAGAAGCUUAAUGAAGAAGACUGGUGAGGGCCCCUGCCAUCACUGAAGAACAUGAUGCUGUCACCACUGUUAUCUCUGGAGAGCUUCACAUGGCACCCUCCAUCACUGCCUGCCAUCACUGAAG